ACCAUUACAAAAUUAGUAUGAUUGUGAUUUUGUAAAUUAUUCAAGUAUUUUUCAGAGUUCUUCGAUAAUUGUCGAGAAUUUGCCGUUGUUAUUGCAGUAAUAUAUUUUGACAAUAUGUACAGUAUAUUAUAAUAGAAAUUGAUCACUAUGCCGGACAAAGACGCGAAGAAACGAAAAGAAAAUUUGUAUGCUACAAUGUUUCUAAGUGGCAUAGCAGGAGUUUCAGCUAUGGUUGGAUUCUGUGGUGCAUUGUCAUCAGCCAAAAAACAUGAUACAAAGAGUUUUGAUAUGGGAGUUAUGGGAGGGAAAGGUCUCCCAGAAUCAGGAGCGAUGCUUGCUACCAGAGCUUUGUUUUGGGGUUCCGUGUGGGCGAUCAGUGGCUGUGGAUUGCUUUUUUAUGGCAUUUGGAAGUUCUCUGGAGCAACAACUAUGGAAGAGUUCAGAGUGAAAGUUGGAUCUAUGCUACCACGCAUACCAAAGAACAAUCCUCCUCAGAGCAGAACCGAAUUCGAAAAUCUUACAGAUUUGCUUAGGUACGUCUCCGAGGAAUGGGGUAAAGAAGAGUAACCUUGUUUUUCAAACGUGAAAAUCGAAGGGAAUAAAUAGAAAUAAAAUACAUAGUACAGGACAAAGAAGAGAGUGACUUAAUAUAACAAACGCGUAAUAAUUAUUCUGUCGUUUUGUAUAUAUGUAAAUAGAGUUUUUUAUAUUGUAAUAUUGAGAAGUACGAAUUAUCGUUGUUACAAUUAACACUGUUGUAUAAGUUGCAAGAAAUGAAAUACAA